UUUCAUGCGCCGGAUAUAGUCACCCCCAGAAACCCCCGAAUGCUGAUGUGUUACAAGUAAUUUCAGCGCAGAGAAACUCCUGAGUUUGUGUUUUUUGAUGCAGUAACGCAGUAACGGAGAGCAGCGGCGGCGGCGGCUGGUCAGACUGAGGUCGAUGUGAAAGAAGACGCAGUGGCAGAGAGAUCAGCAGCACCGGGUCAGAGAGCGAAUGGCGCCCAAAGGUAAAGUUGGUACAAAGGGAAAGAAGCAGAUCUAUGAGGAGAAUGAAGCGACUCUGAAGUUCUACACAAGAGUCAUCCUGGGAGCUAAUGCGAUAUACGCUGCUGUAAAUCUUUUGGUGUUUUACAGUUCGUCUACAUUUUGGACAUGGCUGCUGCUCGUGUUUGCACUAGCAGUGUAUGUUGGGAGUUACCGCUCCAUGUCUGCCAUGGCCAAGCCAGUGUUUGCUGAGGAUGGAAGUCUGCUGGAUGGAGGAAUAGACUUAAACAUGGAGCAGGGAAUGGCAGAGCACCUGAAGGACGUCAUCCUGCUCACAGCCAUAGUACAAGUGCUCAGCACAAUCUCCUCUUAUUUCUGGUAUCUUUGGCUGCUGGCCCCGGCCCGUGCCCUGCACCUGCUCUGGGUAAACUUUUUGGGCCCCUGGUUUAUGGCAGAAAACCCGUCAGCACCAGAGGAAGUGAAUGAGAAGAAGCAGAGACGACAAGAACGCAGACAGAUGAAGAGAUUCUGAUGCCACAGAGCAAACUGAGCAGUAUUUUUAUACACAGAAUCUAAUAUACAGAUGGCAAGGAUUUCCUAAGUUAUUCAGGAAGAAAUUUUGUUAUUAAGUUAAACUCAAUCCAAAUCUGAUACUGUUGGAAUCUUGUUUUCCAUGUUUGUUUUCUUCCUGCUUUCACUUGUAAUCCAAUUUUCUCCCUAAAUUAUGAAAUGAAAUGUUCCCAAUUUAGAUAAUGUCACGGUCCAAAUAUCAUUUGUCCUCAUGCAGAGAUUUAAGAGCUUCACUGUUGCACAAUCCCGUCACCCUGCCCCCUGCAGAUUUCUUUCCAGUUACACCCCAUAUACCAAACCCCCCAUGACUAAAACAAGUCCAAACUGAAUUUGUUCUGUUAGUGCCACUUUUUUCAUGGAAUGUCUUUCAUUUUUACUUUAUUUAAUUUUUAUUUCAAAAAUAUCUCAGUGAUCCUUCAUUACAGAGCUGAGAGAUUUUGUUUGUGAGCUAUUAAGUCUUAUAAAAUCAACUGGUUAUAAAUCAAGUUUUAAUAGGAAAAUGGGAACAUUUUUGCAAUAAAAUUUUUCCUCCAGUGUGUGGAGUUUA